AUGGCGAUCAGGAAUUGCAACUCCGCUGUGAGAAAACGCAGACGAGUCAUGCUCAAUUCCGAAGUAGCAAACCCAGAACCCGUCGUCGCCAAACUCGUAGACGAUGUCCUGGUCGAAAUCCUGAUCCGCCUCCCAAACCCUAGAUCCGCCUGCCGAUGCAAACCCGUCUGCAAGCGGUGGAACUCCCUCAUCUCCACCACCCAAUUCAAUCGCCGCUUCGUCUCGCUCAGAACCAAAACCGAGGACGACAAUUUUUUCAUCGCCUCAUCGGACGCCGCCGCCCCGUUGAAAUCCAUCCUCUGCUUUCUCCCACCCCUGCCUCCCAAAAUCCGACGCCGUUUCCGGGUCCUCGAUUCCUUCAAGGACUUGCUUCUGUGCGGGUUCCCCGACAAGAUCAAUGGUGGGUACUGCUCGCAUUCUUACUUGAUCUGCAAUCCGUUUUCGAAGCAGUGGAUCGCUCUUCCUUUAGCGCCUAGGAAGCCGCUGAACCUCAGAGUGGUUGCGCGGCGCAGCAGCAAAUCGAUUGCUUUUGACCUAGGAGGGGGGAAAUCGUUUACUUAUUUCCACGACUACGAAUUCCGGGUCGUGUUGAUGCAUCAGUGGAAGCCGUACUGGCGGAAUCCUACUGUGUUCGAUGUUUUCUCUUCGGACUGGAUCAACAGAAGAAUGCUAGCAGAAGAAGGUCAACCAGUACUUGGACAUCAGAGGAAGAACAUGGCUGCAAUAGAGAUAUCUAUCUUCACACCGGAUGCAAUAUUGCCCACUGAUUCCUUCCUACGACCUUUUCCAGUUUGUGUCUGAUUGUCAGUCGAAGGGACAAUGUGAUGAACAUAGGACACAAACACGUCAUAUUCAUAUUUUUCUCAAAGUUUAUUGAAAGACUGAACGAGUAUCGUCAUUACGC